UUUCCAAGCACUCGUCAUUCGAACUGGCCAUUUCGCUCUUCGCUUCAAAUCGCUCGUUAUCCCUUCCAAGUUUUGAGAUUGUGGUAUUUCGGAGUUGUGAACCAUUUCCACCACUCAGCAUGGCCUCGGCACCGGUUCAGCUGCCGUCACAGCGCAGAUCUUCGCCAGAGCAAUCAUCGACAAGUGCGCCCACAUCACAUGAAUCACCCGCAGAUACUCAGCACGAAGCUUCCCAGACCAUUUUUGAGAAUAGCCCAUCGAACGAUGCGAACCAGCAGACCAGGCUCGAAAGUGAUCAGGAACCACAAAUAGGAACAAAUGUACCGCCUUUGAAUAUCAACGACGACCCUUCAAUCAAAAAGUGCUGGAUUUGCUUCUCAGAUUCCACCGAGGACACUCCAGAGACUUCACCAUGGCGCGAUCCGUGCCCAUGUGCCUUGCAAGCACAUGAGGAGUGUUUGCUUGACUGGAUCGCCGACAUCGAGACGCCAAAAAGCGCUAGACAAAGAGGAGGCGUCACUGCACCGAAAAUCGAAUGUCCACAGUGCAAAGCAGAGAUCAAGUUGGAAAGGCCGAGGAAUCUAGUCGUGGACACAGUCAAUGCGCUUGAACGCCUGGCGGACAAGGCAAGCUUCCCCGGUAUUAUGAUGAUCCUCGGAGGAGUUCUUUGGACUAGCAGUACUGCGUGGGGUGUACACUCAGUCUACGCAGUUUUCGGUCCCCAGGAUGGUUAUCGUAUCCUCGGUCCAUGGGCAUCUGCCUUUACCCGUGCACCUGUUGACGUCUUCGUUGGUUCCACGGCAGACACAUCGAAGCAGAUCUUGAACAUCGUGCGCAACAAUUUCGCCCAUUGGCGAGUCCAUGUCGGCUUGCCACUUAUCAGCCCAUUGUUGAUCCUUUCCCGAACGCACCUCGCCGAUAGCUACCUGCCAAUGGUGCCUAUCGUCUUCUUCGCAUCACAAGCACACUCACCGAGCGAGGCUCUGGACUUCAGACAGUGGCCUCCAACGGCAAGCUUCACUUUCGCUGUCUUGCCUUACGUUCGGUCUUUGUACAAUUUCUACUACGAGAAAGUCUGGGCAGAGAAAUCAAAGCAAUGGUUGCGAGAGGUACAGCCACGAGCAGACCAGGAUUCGACCGCCAACGGAAGAGGUCAAGAUGCGGUCGCCAAUGCCGAUGAACCCGUUCCACAGCCAGCCGAAGAGGGAAACAUAUUCGAAGUGAGAAUCGAUGCAGGCAUAUUCGAUGAUUUCCUGGAGGAAGAAAACGGGGGCGCACAAGCGGUACUUGUAGAGGGAGCUGAAGAAGAUCCAGGUGCACCAGGUCCGGACGUACAAGCUAAUCGCCCUGAGCCACGGCAAGCUGUGGCUCCACGAGCCGAACGACCAGCUGCAGCCGAGCGACCCGCCGCACCACCACUUCCGCAACAACAAGCAGGUGUGCCAAAUCCUGGAGGAAAUGCCGCCGCUGGAGGCGAGCGUCGCCUCUCUUUCUCUCCAACGGCCAUUGUUGAGACCGUCAUUGGCGCAUUACUGUUUCCAACAAUCGCCGGCAUUGCAGGCGAGGCGCUCAAACUUGUACUGCCCAGAAGCUGGACUACUGCGCCUAUUCCAUCAGCUCGAUUUGGGUACAAACUCUUGCCCCGUCGCUUCCUGCAACAGCAAUGGGCACGCAGCAUCGUCGGAGGAUGCCUGUUCGUCGUCUGCAAGGACGCGCUGUUGCUUUACGUGCGCUGGAAAGUUGCGCAGAUGCAUCGACAUCGAAAAGUCAUGGACUCGCCCGAAAAGAAAAAGAAGAAGAGCCAUGCAGGACGCGCGUAGGCGCAAGUCGAGAUUUCUCCAUCCCGUGUUCUCUCGAUUCCCUCCUUUGUUUUGAUUGUUUUAGCCGGGCGUUCAAAGGGGAAGCUGAUUUCCACUUCACAACUUUUUGUACCAAUCGAUGAAUUAUGCUUCUCUUCUUCUGCGCUCCAUAUCGUCUAGAUCCGAUCAACAGUCAAGCCGCUGCGAUAAUCUCAUGUGAUUCUUUUGUCCAAGCACAGCAUGAGCACCGAUCGCUGUACUGUUCAGUGAAACAACACUAUUUCAAACCCUAAUCGAGUGUUUCUC